GGGCAUGAUGUCAUCAGAGGUCCUUUAGCCCACUAGGAAAUAGCAGAGGACGCAGCCGGGGAUGAGGGGCGGGGCAGCAGGUGUCGGGUUAUCAGGUUUUCUUGACCAGAAGUCCGUGAGGUUUUUAAGUUAAACAAUGUUGAGAGACACCAUGAAGUCCUGGAAUGAAAGCGCAGAUAUAUACAGUAGUGACCAAGAAGAGGAGGAGGAGGAGGAAGAGAUGAUCUUUGGUGAAAAUGAUGAUGACCUUGAAGAAUUGAUGGAUUUUAGUGACCUUCCAACAUCUCUGUUUGUGUGUAAUGUACAUGAAUCAGUCUUUGAGUUGGAGGAUCAGAAGGAAAGAUUCAAAGCUCUUUUUACAAUAUAUGAUGACCAGGUUUCUUUCCAGUUGUUUAAAAGCUUCAGGAGAGUGAGAAUUAAUUUUAGUAACCCAGAAGCAGCAGCUCGAGCAAGAAUUGAACUGCAUGAGUCUGACUUUAAUGGAAAGAAACUGAAAUUGUAUUUUGCCCAGGCCCAGGUAUCUAAUGAAGAAGGAGAGAAAUCCUUCCUGUUACCUCCUCCGCUAACGAAACAGUUCCUGAUUUCACCACCAGCAUCUCCUCCUGUAGGAUGGCAACAAAGCGGGGACCCAACCCCAACGCUCAACUAUGAUUUGCUAUGUGCGGUUUCAAAGCUUGGGCCUGGGGAGAAGUAUGAACUGCAUGCAGGCACAGAGUCAACUCCUAGUGUGGUGGUUCAUGUGUGUGAGAGCGAAAAUGAGGAAGAGGAGGAUGAAAUGAAGGCGCUGAAGCAAAAAAUAGUUCAGACUAAGCGUCCAUCUUUAAACUAGUUUGACGCCUUUUAUCAGUUUAAAAAUAUUUAAAAAAAUAUAUAGAAUUGGAAAGCAUAUCUUAAAAAGGGAAAUGUAGACCUUUUAAUAUUCACUUUAUGUAUAUAGCUAAAGACAAUCUAGGUUAUGGUUAUCAAACGUGGUAUAAAUGCCGUAUUUAUUUCAUGUACUUUUUAUUUUACUAUAAUGUAUCUGUUACAUUUCUCACAUUUAUCAGUGUUUUAGCCAAACUUUGACAGCAGUCAAAUGUAUUUUUGUGUCCCAUGCCACUGUUUUAAAGGGGCAAUGCCUCUUAGCAAGGAAGUUAACCACUUAAAGAAGAGUUGUUUCCAAACGCUUCGGUGAAAUAGACUGCUUGUCUAAACUACAGGGUAUUGGCUUUUUUUGUAUGGGGCAUUGUCCUUAGUCAGCCAAGUUCCUCACAGCCUCUGGUGGUCCAGUAUGGUGGUCUGUGCAGCUCUUUGUCAUAUAAUGAACUGCUAGUAGCAGCACCGAGGAGUAUUGUCGUCCUUCCAGUAUUAUUGUUCCGUUAACAUCAGUGGAAAGAACACAGGCAAGGACACUUAAUUAUAGGGUGUCUACCUUGGUAAGAACAUUAUAUUUUGGAUGUAUGUGUUUUAUAACUUGGACUUGUCAGCUUUCAUUUGUUACGUUUAAUAACUCAAGUUAUACAGCUAAGGAUAGAACUGCGAAUCUUUGGUUGGAAAGGUAGAUGAAAAAUGAUUGCAAGCCUAAAGCUAUCCCCAUACACGUUGAACUAAUGUUGGAUGAACUCAAUUUUUGUCAAACCUGCCAACGAUCUAAUGUGUAUGGGGAGCUCUUGACUGUCCUCCAACAGAUGAUGUUGGGGGAGUGAAGGAAUGGGUGCAUUGAAUUUAAAUUUCUAAUGCUUUUGUUCUCCCGGCAGAUGAGCCACCGCUAGAGAUAUUGAUCAGUGGGUCAACUCACUCAGCCGACCGCUAUUGAAGGUGUAUGGGCACCUUAAGCAGCUGCUUGUAGCUAUACAUUUUCUAAGAGCGUUACCUGUUUAGGAUAUGUCCUAGGUCCUACAAAAGCCAAUGGGACUAUUCAAACCUGCUGAUUUUUGCUAUGAUGGUGAAUGUAUUUUAAAGCCUGCUAUGUGGGAUGCAGCCUCUAAAAGGCUCCUUAAAUGACAUGUUAUAACAUUAUUAUAACCUGAUGCCGAUGGUGUACUGUCUAUAGUGUGUUUAUCUAAGCCAUAUAUGGUGAAUGUUAAACUGUGUCUUGUUUUACGUGGAGUGUAAGUACACAUGUGCACUUACUGUAGUAAAGUGGUCGUCACUGUUAGUUACACUGUAUUGUAAUUAAGAAUUUGGGAAUAGAAAUGAACCACAUAAUGAAUUUUUUGCGUUACCAAUAGAAUCAUUUUGUUUUCCUGCUUCAUUUUAUAAGAGGAACUGUUCCCAACAGCUAAAAACGUAUUUUUUUAUAGUACAUUUUUCUAAAAUAACCAAACCUAUAAGUUACUUUAGGCAGGGGAUCCCUAACCAACAGCUCUGUGAUGUUUGGGCCAAGUAUUCAAUUGUGUGGUCAGCCAUUCAUCACCUCAAAAUUAGGAUCCUUAACAACCUAUAACGGGCGCGGAUUGUCGAUAUCGCAGGUGGAUCGGCGACUGGCCAAUGGAAGCUGUAUGGAGACGAAUAAUCAUUUUUACAAUUGUUCUUGCCCCAUAUACUGUACUUUACAUUGUCAGGAGAAGAGUCCCCGUGUACAAGGGGAGAUGUCCUGCCCACCAGCCAGAAUUUGUAUCCCUGCAUAAAAGAUGCUGUCAGCCACCAAAUGAGCAUUUACUCGUUUAUUGGCUGUUGGCUGCCCGUUUUACAACAGGCAAUGAUCAGGAAAGCACGUUCUGAUGAAACCCAUGUUAAAGGGCCCUUACACACAAGGAGGUUUUCCAACAUGAGUGCAAGCAGUUUUUUUCCUUCUUUUACAAUAGAAAACAAAAGUUAUCUCCCUGCUAUGAGUAUGGCUGAUCGGGAGAGGGUUCACUUAACAUCCACGGGCAGCUAUAGCGCUACUCUGUAUUACUACUGCUUGAUAGAAAACAGCAUUUUAUAGCGGUGUCUAGCAAUGUCGGCAGAUUUUCCUAAACCUUACAGCAUAGGAUGUCAGCAGCAACACAAUGUCAGGUUGCAGAGGUUCAUCGUUUUCAGUGGUAGUCUUUUUAAAGGAGGUGAAACUCCACAAUUUGUACUGUCCUGUCCUGUCCUGUUUGUCUCUAGGAUAUGUCUGUAUGCAUUUAAGAACAUUACAAAUACUCUUUAGUACAAUGUGCUAUAAAAUAUAGAGUUUCAAUAGAA